AUGGCGACGAACAUUGCCGCCAAAUUCUUUAAGCCGAACCGGGCGUCUGUGGAGGAAAUCGAAAGGGAGGCAAAGAUACAGCGGUACCUACAAGACACCGGAGCUGUACCCAAAGUCCACGGGCUCAUCAACAUGGCUAGCAAAGGCGCCGAUCCCAUUCUGGUCCAGGAGUGUGUUGGUCAGGGAACAACUGUAGAGGAUUUAAUGGCCAGAGGGGCCGACAGAAAGACAUGGCUGCAAUUUACUCUACAAGCGGCCCAGGGACUGCAGAAAAUCCACCAGAAAGGCGUCCUUCUGAACGACAUAAAGUUCGACAACAUCCUCUUGGACGAGAGUCUAGAGUCCCUCAAGGUGAAAUUUGUGGACAUGGGUAUGGCAACAUUUAACUCCAGCUACACCAGUACUGUGAAACCCGCCGACAUGGUGGACUGUCAUCACAUUGCCCCGGAAGUUGUUAAUCAAGCGCCGUCUAGCGUCAAGUCAGACCUGUACAGCCUGGGUUACGUCUUGCGUGUUAUCGGGGAGGAUGCUCAUCUGCCAGACUUGGAAAUGUUGGGGUUCCUGUUGAUGCGUGACAAUCCUGCUCAACGACUGAGUCUUCCAGUUUUCAUAAAGUGUGUGGAAUUCUUCAUGGAUUCUUGUAAUUGA